UGCGCAAUAUGAAUGUGUUUUUGUGUCAUUUCAUUUUUCCAGAUCAUUUCUCACCAUGUGGGGACCAAAACUCCAGUGACCCAAGAACUUGAUCUCACCUUUAGAAUAACGCCCCCCCUCGCCACAUCCAACCAUUAAAGAAAAAAAAAAAAAAUUCUGCCUUGACUCUCAACUCUCGGCAUGAGUGCCCUGGCAGGCAAGCUGGACCCGCGGCGGGUCCAAUGGGGUGCCAUGUGGCACACCUUUACGUCGCGCGUCCUGAGAACCAAGCCCGUGGAGUCCAUGCUGGACUCGGCCAUGUCGGGCACGGGCCCGCACGGCACCCGGCUGGCCCGCGUGCUGUCCACCGUGGACCUGGUGUCGCUCGGCGUGGGCAGCUGCGUGGGCACGGGGAUGUACGUGGUGUCCGGCCUGGUGGCCAAAGAGAUGGCCGGCCCCGGCGUCAUCGUAUCCUUCAUCAUCGCCGCCGUGGCCUCCAUUUUGUCAGGAGUGUGUUACGCCGAGUUUGGCGUGCGCGUGCCAAAGACCACCGGCUCGGCCUACACGUACAGCUACGUGACGGUGGGCGAGUGCGUGGCCUUCUUCAUUGGCUGGAACCUGAUCCUGGAGUACCUGAUCGGCACGGCGGCGGGCGCCUCGGCGCUCAGCAGCAUGGCCGACUCGCUGGCCAAUCACAGCAUCAGCGACUUCAUGACGACGCACAUCGGAACGCUCAACGGCUUUGGUAAAGGAGAGCAGUCGUAUCCGGACCUGCUGGCGCUGCUGAUCGCGCUGCUGGUGACGGUGAUCGUGGCGCUGGGGGUGAAGAACUCUGUGGGCUUGAACAACGUGCUGAACGUCAUCAACCUGCUGGUGUGGCUCUUCUUGAUGGUGGCCGGGCUCUUCUUCGUCAACGGCGACAACUGGGAGCACGGGAGAUUCCUGCCUUUCGGCUGGUCGGGGGUGAUGCAAGGCGCCGCCACGUGCUUCUACGCCUUCAUCGGCUUCGACAUCAUCGCCACGACGGGAGAGGAAGCCAAAAGUCCCAACACGUCCAUCCCGUACGCCAUCACCGCCUCGCUGGUCACGUGUCUCACGGCCUACGUGUCGGUGUCCGUCAUCUUGACCCUGAUGGUCCCCUCCGACCAGAUCGACGCCGACGCCCCGCUGAUGGAGAUGUUCGCCGCGCACGGCUGCAUGUUCGCCAAGUACAUCGUGGCGGUGGGCUCCAUCGCCGGGCUCACCGUCUCGCUGCUGGGCUCGCUCUUCCCCAUGCCCCGGGUCAUCUACGCCAUGGCGGGCGACGGCCUGCUCUUCAAGUUCUUGGCCAACGUAUCUUCGUACACGGAGACCCCCGCCGUGGCCUGCGUGGUGUCGGGCUUCCUGGCCGCACUCUUGUCCCUGCUGGUCAGCCUCCGAGAUCUCAUCGAGAUGAUGUCCAUCGGCACACUGCUGGCGUACACUCUGGUGAGCCUCUGCGUGCUCCUGCUGCGUUACCAGCCCGAGGGCGACAUACACGGCCUCGUCAACUUCCUGUCCGAGGAGCAGAACGUCAAGAGGAAGGAAGGCGUCCUGGCCGAGUGCGAGAAGGACGCCUGCUCGCCCGGCCGCGACGACGCGGACGAGACCACCAACACGUGCGGUGCCAAGAACCUGCCCUCCCUGGGCGACAACGAGAUGCUGAUCGGCAAGCCCGACAAGAACGCCUACGCCGCCGGCCACCCCAACUACGGCACGGUGGACAUGGGCAGCGGCAUCGAGGCCGAGGAGUCGGAGGGCGGAGCGACGUGGCGGCUCAAGAAACUGCUGGGGCCCCGCUACUACACCCUGAGGAUUCGACUGGGACUCCCGGGGAAGAUGGACCGGCCCACCGCCGCGACGGGGAAAACCGUCACCGUGUGUGUGCUGCUGCUUUUCCUUUUCAUGUUCGCUUUCUGCUCCUUGAUCAUAUUUGGCGCGAGCAGCAUCGGGGAGGCUCGCUGGUGGGCUCUGCUCCUCCUGAUCUUGUUGGUGGCGGCGCUGGCGCUGCUGGUGGUCAUCAUCCUGCAGCAGCCGGAGAACCCCAAGCGGCUGCCCUACAUGGCGCCCUGCGUGCCCUUCGUGCCCGCCUCCGCCAUGCUGGUCAACAUCUACCUCAUGCUCAAACUCUCCGCCAUCACCUGGAUACGAUUCUCCAUAUGGUGUCUCGUCGGCGUGCUCAUUUACUUCGGCUACGGCAUGUGGAACAGCACCUUGGAGAUCACGGCCCGGGAGAACGAAGCGCACGCUUCCACCUACCAGCGCUACGACCAAGGCGUGGACGAGGGCUUCUGCGGCUUCGACGACGACUUCUACCCGCCGUCCGAGGUGGCGUCGGGCCCGGCGGGCAGAGCGCCGCAGGCCCAGCCGGAGAGCGACGGGACGCCCGUUCGCAGGGCCGGCGCCGCCCCGGUGGAGGAGGAGCCCGUGGAUUUCUGAAGGGACGCCGGGAUUUUUCGACCGCCUCGAGCGGCGGGCCGAGCGGGAGUUUGGUGGUCGCCGGGCAAGCGUGCAUGCCAGCAUGUGGAUGGGUUGUUGUUCGUGUGUGGACUCCGUGGGCUACGCUGCCAAUCCCCCACCACCCCCCGACACUCACCCCCUUUGCUACGUCCUUCGCCGGUUUUCACCACAAAAAA